UGUCGCCAAAGCUUCACCGCCAUCCUCCCCAUCCUCCUCCUCAGCAGCAGCAGCCUGGCUGUCAGCAGCAUGUAGUGUACAGCAGGGCAGCUGAGCUUUAUUUUGCUUCCCACACUGGAAACCUCUGUAGUGCAGUUGGACUUGACGUCUAGCAGCAACACGACAUCUCAGACUUUAAGCAGGCAGACUCGGCGGCUUAGUGACUGCGUUCACAGCUGUGGAGUCGGUGUGAGAGCGCCUCCGUGCUUCGUGCUGAGCUCGGGACUGCAGCAACGGGACAAAAGACAUAAGAGGAGAAAGAGAGGACGGGAGGCAACAAAAUCACGGGAACAAAUCGUCGAAAGAGAAUCGGCGGAGACGGCAUGUUGAUUAGAGCUGAGUUUAAGAGACAAACCUGACUGUGGAGGAGACACUGAGAGAUAUAUAGAUUCUUAGCUCACAGACAGGAAAGAGGCUCACCUGAAGCCACACAGGUUGGAAAAGUGAGAGCUACGAAAUUCAGGGUGUUGGCCAUGGCUGCAGGCCUGCUGCUGGGAGGAUAGAGUUCAACCACACCUACACUGCAACUUCCUCAACCUUCAUCCAUCCUCUCGUAACCUGAAUCAGUGUGUCGAGACCCCUCCAACUUCCUCUUCCUCUAAGCCAUCACCACAUUGCCCAAGUCCUGUGUACUCAUCACUGUUAAAAGCCAGUGACAUCGUCACACAGACUAGUUAACCAGUCAGCUGUGUUACUUGGAGAGAGUGACUCUGCGGCAGUCGCAGUCGUUGCAGAGUUUGACGUACAGCGGCCUUUUUUAUUCCCGCACAUGGACUGUUGAUGAAGAAAGAUGGCAGCGAGACUGGCAGGCGCCGCCCCUUCCUCUCGGCCACCCUCCCUCCCCCCAGCGGGCGUGGCUCGGACCGGUUAAGGUGUGUCUGUUGGCAUCCAUCGCAGCAUCGGCAGCAGCUGGCAGAGCGCGGGAAGGAGCAGUAUGCAGGAAACUGACUUACCGGCCACAAAUGCCUUUAAAGAGUGCAAGUUCCACUGCACCAAUGGGAAUUGUUUGCGUCUGGGCUCGCUGAUCUGCAACCAGCUGAAUAACUGUGGGGACAACAGCGAUGAGGAGAACUGCCCCGUGGUCACCCAGCACCCUCCACCGGGCAUCUUCAACUCUGAACUGGAGUUUGUUCAGAUCGUCAUCAUCAUCGUGGUGAUGACAGUGAUGGUGGUGGUGAUCAUCUGCUUGCUCAACCACUACAAGCUCUCCACCUGGUCCUUCAUAACGAGGCAGAGCCAGGCCCGCAGGCACGACCAUGCCCUGCAGCAGGACGGGUGUCUGUGGCCUUCAGACAGCAGCUCUCGACAAGGUGCCUCGGAGGUAUUAUACGCUCCCCAGGCCCGGGAUCGCUUCACUGCUCCCUCCUUCAUGCAGCGCGACCGCUUCAGUCGCUUCCAGCCCACCUACCCUUACCUGCAGCACCAGAUCGACCUGCCGCCCACCAUCUCGCUGUCGGACGGCGAGGAGCCCCCGCCCUACCAGGGUCCCUGCACCCUGCAGCUCCGCGACCCCGAGCAGCAGAUGGAGCUCAACCGCGAGUCGGUGAGGGCGCCGCCCAACCGGACCAUCUACGACAGUGACUUGAUCGACAUGGGAGGAGGCGGGAGCCUGGGAGGGGUGGGGGGAGGAGGAGGCGGAGGAAUGGGAGGAGGCGGCCCGAGGCCGCCGAGCAGUAACUCGGGCAUCAGUGCGGCCAACUCCAGCAGCCACGGGCGCAUGGAGGGCCCCCCGCCAGCGUACAGCGAGGUGAUGGGCCACUACCCCGGCUCAGCGUUCUUUCUACACCAGCACAGCAAUAACCAGAGGGUGGGGGGGCCGGGGAGCAGGACAAUCCAGCAGCAGAGCCAAUCAGAAAGCACAAUAGUACCUGCCAAGGCCAAGGACGGCCAACCGGAGGACCUGGUGUGAAGAGCGGGGUCGGGGGGGGGCAGGUGGGGCCAGGUGGGGCCGCCCAGCCCGGACUGAAAGCUGUCUCUCCUCUUCACCCUGAUCACCUGUAAGCAGUGGUCUCUCUAUCGCUCUCUCUCUCUCUGUCUCUCUCAUGUCCUCUCUCCACACUCCCAUGCACAAAUAAAUAUCAACCUUAGCUACAACAAAACAAGGAAAGAGAGGAACCAAGAGUUGAUUUCAUUUCACUUUCUUUCCAGUGUUAGUCUAACCGCUAGCUCUGCUGGGGCCGGAUGUAUGCACUGCAUGGAGAGUUCUUUUUUCCUCUACAUGAGAAAGAAACACACUGCUAGCACAGAUUGAAACAAUUUGCUUUUUUUUUUUUUGUCCCGUCGGGUGACGGCUCGGUCCCCGGGAACUGAGGAUGAUGUUUUUUUUGUUUUUUUUUUCUUUUUUGUUUCUUUUUUUCGGACCGGGAUCUGUGCACAAAGCGAGAACUGAGAAUCAAGGACUUACAGAGAACACAACAAAACAAGAGACUCACAAACCCAAAUCUUAGUGCCAAGGUUCACGAGGAAGCAAAGCAAGGGGAGGGGGGGGGAAAUGACUCGUUCUAACAUUCAAAACACAAAAAAGAAAAGUUAUCUAAAAGUUGCACUAUCUUUUUGUUGUAAAAGAGAAGAGGGAAAUUAUGCUAUGUGAUGAUGAUGAUGUGUUUGUUUUUCUCUUCUUUUUUUUUUCGUCCUUUUCAUGAAUGGACUGACUGACUGAACUUUGCCUCCAAAGUUGUUUAAACAGUUGGGAGCAAAAAACAAACAAACAAGUAUUAUAAGCUUAUGUCCUUCCUUUUUUGAAAACAGCAAGAAAUACUCGUACCCAGCCUACAACAUCUCUGUCUGCUUACACCACAGGCACAGUGAGACUUAGUAAGAGACUAACCUAGUACCGCUCACGUCUGUGAGGAAGAGAUCUGCCUGCUGACCGGCUGCUGGGUGGAACAAACAUUUCUUACUUCCUCUGGUAGUUUGUUACAACAUUUGGAGGUUGGUUCCCCAAACCGGAGUAGUUCCUAAGCGCUUAGAAAGAUGAGAGCUGCUCGGCAAGAUACAACAUGCUCCAUACUGACAAAUCUGGCCAGGUGGUUGAAUAUCAGGGCCCUGUUCAGACCUGGUAUUAACAUGCGUCCUGAGCGAUCGGAUCACAAGUGGACAGCUCUGAGUACAGUUGUGAGCGCACGCAAGACGCAUUGAGAUCGGUUCUUUCAGACCACAUUCAGAAGUGGUCUGGGCCACAUAUGGCCACAUUCUUUUAGCAGUGUGUAGUGACACAUUAAGGACCGCCUACUCAACUGACGUCCCGCUGGGAUCCGCGGGUCUCACUAGACAGAUGGACGCGAGCGCUUGUCUGCCUCGCAGCAUGGAAACGGCCUCCGUGCAUCAGUGUCACCGAUUACACCGGACGUUUUACAAGAAAAGAUGACGGUCAAUAUGCGUAGAGCGCUAACUUUGAUCUUUAACGUCGGGUGGCGGUGUGUCUGGCUUCUCCGGUCCAGCUUUCGCUGCGGGGGCCGCAGGUUUCCACCCGGCGCUGCUCUGCCACAAACACCGGCUGUGACCGCUCCGUCCUUCUCAAGGAGAUUACCUCAUUUACGUUACUGUUCCAUUAGCAUUGGGUUUAAAUCUGAAAUAUUGCUAAUUAUGUGCUUUUUGCUUUUCGCUUCGACACCAAAUCCUCCGCCGUUGCCUUGUCUGUUAACUCUCUCUCUCGUCCUGUGUGACACCUGC